UGGAAAAUAGUGCUAACCGGGAAUCAUUUCAGGUGACUUCACAGAAUAUUUCCAAUGAAAAGAUGGCGGACGAAGACAACCUUAUAAAAGUCGUUGCAAAAACGACAAAUACUAAAGAGACCAUCGAGAUCGAACCGAAUGCCACAAUCGGACAGGUAGCUGUGAUUUUGAGCUUUAAUACUGACGUAAAUCAAAGGGAAUUUACAUUAAAUUUGGUAUAUAUUUGUCUAGUUCAAAGCAAAGGUUUCGCCAAAAUUCAAUGACACGCCGGUUGCACAGCUAUGCCUCAUAUUUGCUGGGAAAAUCUUAAAAGAUGAAGAAACCUUAGAACAUUAUGGUAGGGACAUCGCUUGUACAGUUCGCUUGAAUGAUUUUUAAAUACGUGUUGAAUGAGUGGUCGCCUUUGUUCUGUUCAUGCAAUAUAAUAUAAAUUUCAAAACAUAACAAAUGAUCAGACUUCUAAUGAAUAUUAAUAUUUCGAAUAUUUAUAUGUUAUACUCCAUAUUCUUUGUUCUAUACUUUGGGAAGAGUGUAUAAGGCAAAUUUUGUGGAUGGAAAAAAUAUGCAAUGGUUGUGUAUAUUUUUAUUCUUUCCCAAACAAAACCCUGAACCAAAUGUAAAUAAAAGUGAAAGCAUGGUACUGUAGUUGAAUUAAAGAAUAAUGUACUUUGAACUCUGAUAGUCUGAUUGGCUAUUGCUCCAACCCCUUUCCCCACAUCACAUGGUCGUUCAUAUCGACUGGCGGGAGGGUGCAAUGGCCAAACAAUUCUGUCGUCAAAGAACAUAUAGUGAAGCCUGGUAACAAUGCCAUCAAAGAUUAAAUUAUUGAUGGCAAUUUUUUGAUGAUGAUUAUCAGAUGCUUAUACAGUUAAGCAAUCUACCAGUUAAGCAAUCUAUAUAUAUAUAUAUAUAUAUAUCCUUGGUAGAUUGCUUAGUUUAUUGACAGAUAAUCAGUAUAGGCAACGUUGUUACAUGUUGCAUUCUAACGCAAUAUGUUAAAUUAAAUUAAUGUGUGAAGCGUGCCAUUUAUAAUUUAACGGUUUUAAUGAUCUUUGGUUGCAGUAACACGUUGGAAAUUAUCUUAAAAAGUCGACAUGAAUGACGUCACCUUUACCCGGUCGACUGAUAUUAUGUCAUCAUUAUAAAAUCGGUAUCAGGUAGAUUGUGGCAUGAAUAAUUGGUAAUUUUCAAUAAUGUUGCACAAUCAGUCACUCACUAUAAUACAUGAAAUGGAUCAUUCCAGAAAACGUCCAUACCUUCCCACAGAGGAAAUUAGAAGUUAAACCCGGCCCUAAUACAUCCUUUCGGAUUUCCUAAUACACUUAUUAUUAUUAGGAACAAGUUUUUCUCCCCUCCCCCUCCGUACGGCAAAAAUUUCCUCCAUGGGGGAAGUGUUGUUCUUUUCUGGAACAUUCCAGAUGACCUUAAAAUUAUCUAUGAGAGAGAAAGAAUUGCUGCCAAGAAAAACUGGUGAACUGUCUAAAUUAUUGACACAUUUUUGCCUACGAUGAUUUACCAAAAUUGCAAGAGUUGUUAAAACAAGUUAGUUUAUUGUAAUAUUUUCCAGGGAUUAAAGAUGGCCUCACCGUUCAUUUGGUGAUAAAGUCAGCAAACAGAGUAUGUUAAUUAAUACUUUUUUAAUUCUUAAAGAUAUUGGAAAAUUGUUCAUCUUCAUAGAUUAAUUAUUUUCAAAAUAUUCAGGCACAACAACAGGCAGCAGAACACGCUACUAGACAGGUAAAUAUCAAUACAGACAUCGAAAGACUUUGUUUCUUUGAACAAACACAGUUUGAUUACAGUGUGUAACGGUGUAAAGAAACAGCCGGUAAGCCUAUAUGUUGCAAAUAAAAAAGCACGCGAAAGAAGCAGAGAAGAUCUUGUCAGAGUCUUAUUUUGACAUUGUUAAAUCACAGUUAAUAAAAUAGGAGGUUAAAUCGAUAGUUGUUAAAAAUAGCUUGCGGCGGCACCUUUGAACUUUCAUCCCGGCAACCAGGCCAUUGCCAGCCUGCUUGUGAGUGUUUAUAUGGACAAAUUUUCAUCUCGGUAAAUGAGAUUGUGCCUCUUUCAAACCAGAUCUUGGCAACCGGCCCAGCAAUUUCUCCAUAUAAACCAGAUGAUCUUGAUAUGCGGAAAAGUACUGGCACUAGUUGUCAAAUAGAAAUCCAUUUUAUGAUUAAAACAACUAAAUAUCUCCAGUAAUAUACUUUAUUUCGAUUCCAUAUUUUUGUCAGAGCUAGAGUUCUCAUAACCAAACAUAAUUACAAAAUUUUAACUAGUUUCAUAAAGAAUAACGAAAGAUAUAAUUGACUGAAUACAUCAAAAUGGAUUUCUAUUCGGACAACCCUUUCUGAGCGCUGAUUGGCUAAAAUACGAACACGAGAUCACCUGGAACACAUGGUAAUUUUUACUAUAAAAAUAUUUCACAGCGAGAUCUUGCUUACCGGGCUGUCUCGCUAAGUGGGUCAGCCUGGCUUCCAUAUAAACAGCCCCUUAAAUGAAAAGACACAAUUCUCCUAGAUAGUUCUUAAUAAUGCUGGUAGUACUACUAUCUAUUUCAAUGUUUGAUUCAAAUUGGUUUGAUCAAAUUAGUAUUGCACCAAGUAUAAUUUGAUGAAAGUGAGUGACAUUGUCAACCUUCUAUUUAAAUCUAAUGAUCUUAUGAUGUUAUUUAGCCACCCUCAUCAGGGACGUCCACCACACCACCAGCCAGCAAUCCUCCAAGACCAUCAUCAAACACGCCAACUCCGCCACCGAUGUUUGGCGGACUUCCUCCCGGAAUGGGGAUGGGUAAUGAUAUUUUGCCAUAAUUGCAAUUUUAACACUCUGACUGCGUAUGCAUUCCAAUACGCCCUUUCCUGUAAGUACUUUAUCUUGGCUGUACAGCCUCGUUCUUGUGAUUGAGAUGUUGGGCUUUAACUAAUCUCACACAUGAAAAUGAAGCUCUAUGGCCACCAUCUAAAUUAUUAUAGCAUUAUUUUACAGAUAAAGCACAAAACUGACUAAAGAUACUUUUUAAGUUUGUUUGCCGCUUGAGAAACGUAUAAAAAAUUAUGAAUAUAGUGACAUAACCAAGAAAAAAAAUAUAUUCACUAGUUUUGAGUGCAUGUUACGUAACAUACAAGAGAUUCUCCUCUUACUGCAAUGGAUCCACAUCUACAGUAUACAUAUACUGUAUGCCCCAAAGCUGUAAUCAACUGUUCGCUAAUGUAUACAAAUAACUUUAAUUUCAGGUGAUAUGCAGCAAAUGCAACAACAGGUUAGCAUUUAAGAUGCUUGAAAUUCCUAAUGUUAAAAAACUUUUCAAUAAUAAUUUAAAACAUUAUUUAUUUUUGAUUUUUCACAAUCAAUUAGUUGAUGAAUAAUCCUGAAAUGAUGCAGCAAAUGUUCGAGAACCCAUUAAUACAGGUAUUAGUUUAUUGCCUUUCAAAUUUUCAUUGAAUUUUUCCAAGAAUAAAUCUCAUAUUCUCAAAUUAAACAUUUCAUAGAACAUGAUGUCAAAUCCAGAACUUAUUCAACAGAUGAUUAUGAGCAACCCACAAAUGCAGCAAUUGGUCGAGGUAAAUGCAAUAAAUUGCUAAAUUGGGAUGGUUUGGGGUUUUUUCCAACUACUUAUAAUAAUACUUAUGUUAUGAAAUUUACAACAAUAUUUUUUCCCAUUCCAGCGAAGUCCAGAAAUUUCUCAUAUAUUAAAUAAUCCGGACUUGAUGCGGCAGGUAGGUUAACAUUUCCAGACAGCAUGAAUUUGAAUUGGUUUCAAGCUGAUGUGCCCUAUUUUAUUGGGUGCUGCCACUCAAUGAGUUAAUAGCUUUGGAAAACAAUUUAUACUGUUGAUUUAGUCAAACAAUUUUGUAUAAUACAUCAUAUUGUUUGCUUUUUGCCGCUGCUGUAUAGACAUUGGAAAUGGCGCGUAACCCUGCUGUUAUGCAAGAAAUGAUGCGAAAUCAAGACAGAGCUUUGAGUAAUUUAGAGGUACUGUAUGUCUCAAUGUUUACAAUACUGCACAAUGGUUUGGAUGGCUGCUUUUCUACCCAGCCUCUUUGAGACACUGGUUGCAUUCAAGACUUUUAGUCGUACCUGACUGGUACUCCCAAUAAUUAUUGCGGGCGGCAUACUUGAGCUAGUACAAACUCAAGGUGUACUUUGAGUCUUUAAAAUGAAGUACAUAAAGUAAAGGUUUCUGAAAGGUAUUCAUUCAGCAACCUAAAACUACGAGUUAGAACAAGAAGGACAAUACUAGAAUCGACUCAUUCCUUAGGCUUGCCUAGUCCCAUCAGUCCAAUAUUUUUUCAUGCCAUGACAUGUCGGACGUGCCCAUAUGCCGGAUUAAUUACGGUUUGAAUACAUUUGGUUUGGAAAGGUCAUAUGGUACCAGCAAAAUGUAAGUACGCAAAGGUGUUCACCCAGCCGAAAUCAUUGGUAUAGACGUAACAUAGGACAUUCUGGCAAUUUGAAAUAUGGUUAUGGGUUAUAAUUUCAGACUACAAUAUAGUCAUGUAAAGUGUGCUUACAGGUAUAACAAGUCCUUGCAUUUGUUUAAAAUCUUAUUUUUAGAGUCUACCGGGUGGUUUUAAUGCGUUGAGAAGAAUGUACACAGAUAUUCAGGAACCCAUGAUGAAUGCAGCCACUGAACAAGUGCGUGAAUUUCAAUGAAUAUACUUUUUAGACAUGCACGUUUCAACAUAUUACACGUACAUGUAGUUGUACAUUCUUUCGCUCGUCCCGACUGCUUUUAAUAGCCCAUUUAUACACGUAGACAGAUCAUCAGGCUUGUGUAAAUACGAGGCCUACAACAAGCUACAAUAAUACACUUUGCAAUGAAAAGUUUUCAAAACCUAGAAUCUUUUUGGCGUACUGCGGUACCUCUCAAAAUUGCUUUGUUUAGCUUUAUUCUCUAGUUUAUACAUUUAGCUACCUUUUUAAAUGCAUUUGCCAGUUAAGAAAGGACAAAAUUGUCAUUAUUGAUGCUUUAAGAUAGCGACGUCAUAUUUACAGCUCAAUAUAAGCAAAACUUAUUGGACUUCGGACAUCAUUUUCUCUUUGGCGUACCAUCUAAAAUCUCUUCAUUUUAGCAUUAUUUUACAAAUAAAGCACUAUAAACAUACUUUUUAAGUUUGUUUGCCGCUUGAGAAACGUAUUACUAUCGAAAAAUAAAAAUUUUGAAUGUAGUCAUAAGUGGUAUAUUAUACAAUACUCAUUUAUUUUCGCAUAGUUUCAGAAUGCCCAGAGCAAUCCGUUUUCAGCGCUGCUAGGAGGCACAGCUGCAAAUGGCGCAGCAAACAGCAACACCCCACCUCAGCCUGGCAUAGAAAACACGUCACCAUUACCGAAUCCGUGGCAACCGUCGUCUGGUGGCACGGCCCCCACGCGGCCUGUCAUACCCACGCCCCCCACAACCUCUUCCACUGGUUCUACGACUGCCGGCUCAACAACGACUUCAAGGUAAAGUCCUGUUUUGAUAAGAUGACGUCAGAGCGAGUCGAUUUGGUGGCGGUACAGUCAUUGCGUUGUAAUUGUCGGGUUGAAAAGUUGCUCAGAGGGUCUUAAUUAAGUCAUCCCGCUAGCUACACACGUAAAAACGUACAAGUUGUAACAAACCUGCAGCAGACUUGUAGCAAUGCUGUUCCAACAACUUGUCAACAGGAUGUGUUCGCACUGCUUGUUCCCAGCUUGUUGACAACUUGCUACAAAGUUGUUGAGCUCAACAGACCUGUUACAUGUUGUUCCAACAACUUGUUAUCGUCCUGCAAAUCAACAAUUUGUCAGCAAAUUGUGAGUGACAACCUUGUAACAACUUGAUGAAAUAACAGCGUUGUUACAACUUGUUGACAAGCUUGCCAUAAUCCUGUUGCGAACACAUCUUGUGAGAUCUUUACGUGUUUACAUGCGUAAAAACGCACAAGUUAUUACAGAUCGGUAUGUUGCUACGAGCUUGUUGUCAUCAACUUGUUACGUGCAGAAGAUAUCAGACUUGUUGGAACAACUUGUUGCGAGUCUGUUGGCCUCGUAAUCAACCUUGUUACAAAAUCAUAACAACUUGUUCCAUACUUGUCAUACGUGUCUAGCUUGGAAUAACUUCUCAUUCCGGAACGAAUUCCCAACGGGAUAAUGUAGCCACAAAAUACUCUCAGCCCUGAGCGGUCUGAAUUUUUGUAACAAUGCUUAUGAUAAUACAAAAACUCCAGACAAGGUUAGCAGCAUUGGUUGUGGAUUACAUUUUCGAACGUGAAUGUUUCGGAUUUCAAAUAUUGGGCCACCAAUAAUCAAACUAAACUUUUACAAAUAUUAAGAUAUGAUUUUUUUUCUGUGUUGGUGUUGUGUACUCAGGUGAAUAUGAUGUUUGUGGUGUUACUCUGAGUGUAUAUCCACACUGGGCGAGCUUGAAAUAUAUACCCGGCCACGGUGGGAAUCGAACCUACGACCUUUGGAAUACUAGCCCAAUGCUCUGCCAACUGAGCUACGCGGUCAGGACGGUUCGAGUAAGUGAUAUUUCGGAACAGAAUCUACAACACCAACACAGAAAUCAUAUUACUAACUAGAUCACACUGGUACCAACACAGAAAAAAAAUCAUAUUACUAACUAGAUUACACUGGUAUCGAAGGAACUAGAUUCUGUUCCGAAAUAUCACUUACUCGAACCGUCCUGACCGCGUAGCUCAGUUGGCAGAGCAUUGGGCUAGUAUUCCAAAGGUCGUAGGUUCGAUUCCCACCGUGGCCGGGCAUAUUUUUCAAGCUCGCCCGGUGUGUAUAUACACUCGGAGUAACAUCACAAACAAAAUAUUAAGAUAUUACAACAUGCUACUGAUUUACAAGAUUCCCGUGCGGGAAUCCGUUUCAUAUGGAGUGUAGGUUGUCAAUUUCUCUUUCGAAUUGACUAAGAAAGCAUAUUGCUUGUACAUUUUGAGGUAACUCAUCAGGUCCACAACACUUUGUAACUAAAACUUCGUUUACCAUAGUUCGUUCGCGGUUUUGGCACAAUUAAGGUGUUUUCAGAGUUUCUCAAAUAGUAUGGUAAAACCUUCAAAUACUUCUCAUUGCCAAUUCCUAUUUUCUUCAGUGCUGGUUCGUCUCCAUUGGCAUCCAUGUUCCAAACUCCAGGGAUGCAGAGCGUCAUGGAUCAGAUGACACAAAAUCCGGAACUUAUGCAAAAUAUGAUGUCAUCUCCAUAUGUUCAAAAUAUGAUGAGCCAGAUGGCACAAAAUCCAGAACUCAUGGGCUCGGUAAGUAUAAGUACAUGCAUUCCUCUUUUCAACAAAAAAUGUAGAUCCCAAAAAAAUUCUGGGUUCCGAUACUUUUCCUAUACCUCUUUGAAGUUUAAUCUCAUGUGUUUUUUUACAGAUUCUUCGCGGCAGCCCUCUAUUUGCAGGCAAUCCUGAGUUACAACAGCAGGUAUUUCAAAGUAUAUUGUACAAGAAACUACCCGAGAAAGAAUUAUCGUAUAAAAUUCUAAACGGCCACGCCACACCGAAUCUAAGAGAAUCCUUCCAAUUAAAUAAUGAAACGGAUAAAACCUCUUAGAAAUAGUUCUCUAUAAGCCGACGAAAGAUUUCGGCAAGAGGUGUUCUAAUAAAAAAGCACUUUGCAAGAGCCUACCUUAUGAGAGAAAAAAUCACUCCAUCCCUAUGUGCCUUUAAAACGAUUAUUAAACAAAAAAUGCUUUGAAACUGGCUCAUCAAUUUUCAUUUUUGAAUCUGUAUAGGAAUGUUCGGUAUGAGAAAUUUCCGGUAUCGGUAUACCGAAAAAAUUAUACCGAUAUUAUCGGUAUACCGGUUUUCCUUUGAUAAUUAGAAAGGAAAAUUCUUUAAUGGAAAUUUGAAGGAAAUUUUGAGUAAUUCUAAAAGGGAAAACGAUAAUUUCGAAGCUGUUUCGAACAUGUUUCGAACGACACGUACUCAGUGUAAAAUCUGACUGAAGUGGAAAUUCUAAAUCAUUGCAGUAGGAAGUUCUUUGAAUUGCCAUUCAGUAGUAAAAUAAAGGUUAUGGUUUCGCCAUAUAGUUGGUAAAUUUAACACGGUAUACUGAAAAAUUCCGGUAUAUCGGAAAUUUCGGUAUAUCGGUAUGGUUGAAUAUCCGGUAUCGAUAUACCGAUAUUGAUUUAUGAUACCGAUAUUUUCGGUAUAUCGGUAUACCGAACAGUCCUAAAUCUGUAUGUGAUAUGUAUUUUCAUAGUGUUCUCUUGCUUCUGCUUUCGUUAUUUUUUAUUUUGAUUAUCUUCCUCUGUUACAUACUGCGUGUAUAUAUUGUUUAUAUGUUUGUAUUGUUUAAUCACACCCCUCGUAGAAAGCCCAGCUUUUAGUAGUUGUUAAAGCUAGCGUGUUCAAAUGAAGAGACGCUAGCUACAGUACACGCUCCCUGUUCCAAAGCUAUACAGUACAUACAAAGUCAAAACUAUAAAAACGUACUGACCUAUGCAUACAGAUAUAAAUCCACAGAGAUGUAGCUCGACAGUAGGGGAGUGCAUAGACGGAUUGUAAAGUUUUGAAACUCUAUUAUCUUCCCUGAAUAGAGUCUGCAGUGUCUUGUCAUGCAAAUAGCUUGCUUGCAAGGAACGUUUGGAAUUUUUACGAACAUUAUUUCUAGUUUUUAAUUCUUUUAUGAAAUAGACUUGCCUAGAUUUAAUCUUUAUACUGCAUCAUAAAUUGCAUCAUAAAUUGUACUCGGAUUCAAACGACACAGUGUCAAUGACUUUAUAAAAGUAAAAGCAUAUUGUGUAUUGGCCUAUUGGGUUUACACUUUUACAGGUUCAUUUAACUUAAACUCUCUCAAGUCUCAACAGACAAUCGGAAGCUAGAAAUCAUGAUUUUAUUAAAAUUUUUCCAGGGAUACUUUGUUUUCUGCUCUCUAGACUCCCCCUCGCGGCUCUAGUGCUCCACCCCUAGAAUACAGUAUAGACCUUAUUGGGGUUUGGUGACACUUUGUGUUGCUUCAGUCACCUGCUCACGGCUCACCCCCCCCCCCUAAAAUUUCUGGCACCACCCCAGUAAAAAAUAUGAAAAUCCGUCUAUGGGCAAGUGUUAACACUGUUUUCUCUUCAAAGGCAUUUUUAAUACUGUUGCUGUAAUUCAACACCUUAAGACAAUUAUGCAUAAGACAAUCAUGCAUGCCUGUUUAUAUGCAAAUCGUUUGAAUUUCAGAAUCACACUUGAAACAAAACAAACAUAUUGCUUCUGAAAGUAGCUCAUUGUAUAUUCUUUGGUUAUGUAUAUGUGAAAGUAAUUCCACAUAAUAUUGCUGUGUGUUAUUUCAGAUGACAGCCCAGAUGCCAAUGCUGAUGCAACAGAUGCAAGAUCCAAGGUUUCAGCAGAUGAUGAACAAUCCACGUGCUAUGCAAGCCAUGAUGCAAGUUCAACAAGGAAUGCAGAAUCUGCAGUCCGAAGUUCCUGGAUUUUUUGCUGGGUCUGGCCCCACACCCCCGACUACUACCCCUUCCACUACCCCUUCCACUACCCCUUCCUCUAACAACCCCGCUACCCCUCCCACCACCACCACCCCGAGUAGCGCUGGGGGUACAAACACUACUCCAGGUGGGUAAUUAACUGAAAAUACAUUGCUUUACAUAACCUACACACCCAAAAAUCUCACAUCUUGCAGCAAGUCUGUCAACAAGUUGUGUUCGCACUGCUUGUCCCAAGUUGUCAACAAGUUUGGAACAAGCUGUUAACAACUUGUAACAACCUUGUUGAUAUUAUUAGACUUGUUGCAAGGUUGUUCCAACAAGUCCGAUACAGUGUUGAUAUAACAAUAUACUGCUACAACCUUGUGUCAUCAACCUUGUAACAUUCUUGUUAUAUCACGACUGUAUCACACCUGUUAGAACAAUCUUGUAACAAGUGUGGUAAUAAGUUCUUUGUAGGAUUAAACAUACAAUACUUUUUGUUUGUGGAAACAUCAUGUAAAUUUAUUACUGCAGUAAUAAAUUUACAUGGUGUUUCUGCAAACAAAAAGUAUUAAGUGUAGUAAUGCUAUCAAACUUGUUACAAGUUGUUAACAGCUUGUUCCAAACUUACAAGUUGUUAACAGCUUGUUCCAAACUGGGAACAAGCACUGUGAACACAACUUGUCGACAGCUUGUGGACAAAUUUGCAACAAUUUGUUCACAGUCCUAUAACAACUUGUGAGUUUUUGCGUAUGUAAGUAUGAGCAGCUGAUAUGUAUUCGAUUUGCAUGUGCAAAAAACUGAUGGCUUGUGAACAAGAUGUGUUCGCACUGCUUGUUGUUGACAAGUCUAGCACAAGUUGUUAUCAUCCUGUAACAAGGUUGACGAGGCUAACAGACUCGCAACAAGUUGUUCCGACAAGUCUGGUAUCGUUUGCACGUAACAAGUUGUUAACAAGUUGAAGCAUGACAACAAGUUCGUAUAGCAUAGUUACGAACAGGCUGUAUUAGUCUUGUUGGAACAACUUGUAGCAAGUCUGGUAGACUGGUACCGUCAUCAACAUUGUAACAAGAUGUGAUAACAACUUGUUCCAGACUAGUCACAACAACUGGGGACAAGGAGUGCGAACAUGUUCAUCCUGAUAUAACAACAACUUUGUUACAACUUGUUUGAAGAUAUGCAUCGUUACAGGUCUGCAAACAAGUUGUUAAUCUGAUAAUAUCAACAAGGUUGUUGCAUACAAGUUGUUAACAGCUUGUUCCAAACUUGUUGACAACUUGGCCAAGCAGUGCGAACACAACUUGUUGACGGCUUGUUAUAGCAGACUUGCUAGUUGCUACCUAAUCCUGAGCACAGGCGAAUAAAUGUUUGCGAAUAUAUGUUUCGCUGGAAUACAAAAACAUAACUUGUUUUUCUGCUUUUCUUUAGCCACUGCUGAUCCAAUGAUGAGCGCUUUAAUGAGUCAGUUUCUAACUUCCUCAAUGGGUCAAGUACGCGUUCACUUCUACAGAAUAGUUUGAACUUCUUUUGUCAUGUAGCAUCUUAAUUUUUUCCCCCCUAAGUAAGGCAUGACAGCUGUGAUUUUACUUUACAGACAACGGCUCCUGAAACAAGAUUUCGCGCACAACUUGAACAGUUAACCGCCAUGGGAUUUUCUGAUCGAGAACGAAAUUUGCAAGGUGAGAAAUGUUUUUUGGCUGUGUAAAUAUAAGGAUUAUUGUAGGCGCUCAUCCGAUUAAUAUAACAUCACCGUAUCCAUGAACUUGUGGUUAGAGCUCGACAACUGGCCUCUGUAGCUCAGUUGGUUAAAGCGCUGUACCGGAAUCGCAGGGCCGGGACCUACAGUAUAAUUACAUUAUAUCAGUUGUAAGAUGUUUUGGUUCUGCCAGGGACCUACAGUAUAAUUGCAUUAUAUCAGUUGUAAGAUGCAAGACGAAUUAUCUAGGUGAACAAGCUAAUGACUGUAUGGUUUUUUUUCAGCCCUGAUUGCAACUGGAGGUGACGUAAACGCUGCUGUGGAAAGGCUUCUUAGCGGAUAAAUAACACAACUUGAUUGAACACGAGCUAACGGGACAAAAUUACGAAUACGAUUCACGGUUUUGUAACUAUUGAAUCUUAAAAUUUAUGGCCGUGCAUGCGUACUAGAAGGCUAUACCCCUCAACUGCCGUUUGUUUGGAAUAAUUUGAAUAAGUUUGAUGAUGUAUGAGAGAGUCGCAUGCCUUCGAGGUGUUAGCUGUAGUGAAGAAUUUAGCGUUAAAUUAUAGGUUUGCGCUUGCGACCAUGUUGGAGAGACGCUAAGGGGGACUGGUCAUUAUUUAUGGCGGGGGUGGCACCGAAAAGAAAUGUUUUUCUUAGUAAAAGUUUUGCUGAUCGAACCAUUAAAAAGUCAAAUUUUAAAAACUUUACAAAAGAAUACCAUUCAGUUGUCGCACAUGUCCUUUACCACUUCUGUGACACGAGUUUGAUAACUGCUUGUGCAAUUUUCUGCAGUCUAAAGUUUCAUGUUGUCUGCACAUGUACUUUCUUUCAAGACACCAUUUUGCCUCCUGACAAAUCGGAAAAUGAUCAAGAUAGUGACUCUGAUUAAUUUACAUAAUGUAUUGACAUAUGACUGUUGACAUUGCUCUUUAGUCUUCAAUAUUUGAGUGAGUCAUGCUUUGGAAAUGACAAUACAUUUGUAUUACCCAACCUUUGGGUCGUUUUGUUUUUCAUUUACCCAACCUUUUACUCACUUUGUUUGCCCAACCCUUUUCUCUUCGGUGCUACCCCAUAAAUAAUGACCGUUCCCUAACAACAACAAAAAACAAAGCAGCUAUUGUAUUUGGAGUGUAUUUUUCAGAGAUGAAUGGAAAUUAAGAUUCUAUCAUGUUAAGUUUUAUUUCAUCGCUAAAUUUUUCCUUUGGCUAACACCUUUUAUACAUAUGUAUUAGGAAAACCCUGCUAUUAAUAUUUCUUAUAACAAUAACACAAAAGUUGAACAUCUUUGCAUAGUGACUUGUGAAUGGUGAUCAUAAUAUGGUAUUGAUAUAAACUGAUCUUAGAUGUUAACAUCUGGAGUUAUUGCUGGUGUUUUAAACUUUUCCGCGCAGAUAUAGUUUGCCCGAAUAUUUUUUUUUAUCAAAGUGGCUCGUACUAUGAAUUUGGACCUCCACCCUAAAAAAUCUGCUUGAACAUGAUUAGCGGAACUUCUACUGUUAGAGUGUGUUGCUUUCUUGAAACGAUCUAACUGAUUAGUGAACUCACGAGAAAAUACUCAGAAUUCUCUAGUUAAAUAUCAUGGUUUUAUAUGUAACAGGUCGAGGUUGUUAUACAGCCAUAUUUUCAGACACACUGUACUUUAACAAGCAAAUGAUAAAACGCCAAUAUAAACUUUAUAAACAAGAGAUAAUC